UUGAAAGUGGCGUACCGAUAGCAUCAGUGUUUACGCUGACGAGACGAGUUGUCUGUGAAGUAAAUACGUCGUUCCAGCUGAUCGUUCUGAAGACGCACAAAAUGUUCACAUCUCAGACCUCCUUCCAGGAUUCAAUAGACGGCGACGAAAAAGAUGCGGAUCUGGACAACGAAGAAAUCCUGGGAUACAGUUUGAAACCGCAGCAUUUAAACUGUUACUAUUCUCUCUAUUUCUACCAGAGCUCCAGAUCUCAGAGAACAGAAGAAGACACUCAGACUAGGAGCCACAGAAGAACAGAGUCCACAGGUCAUCAUGACUUUAGUCUGUCCCUGGUGGACGCCAGCCUGCCUGCCGAGGCCGAGCCAGAGCUGCGCAGCUACAUCUCUCGGCGGCUGAGCAAAGGCGCCCUGCUGGGGGGCAUGGGCAACAUCGCCACUGUGGAGCUGAGCGUCCCUGAGCAGGCGGUGGGCUGCUACUGCUGUCUCCUGGAGUGGGACAGGCCCGCGGAGCAGGCCGGAGAGGAGGAGGGCGGCGGUGCCGACUACGUGGUCUGCUUCCUGGGAGGGUCUGAGAAAGGCCUCAACCUAUUUAGACUGGAGCUGGACAAAUACGUUCAGGGCCUGCAGAGCUGCUUGAGCCCAGAGAUGUCCACUCGGGAGCUGGAGAGCGAAGUCAGGCCGUACCUGAGCCGCUGGUAUGAGGAGUCGGUCAUGCACAUCCAUAGAGUGGUCCAGCUGGUGCAGGACGACAUCCGCCUCCUGCUGCACGCCGCGUUAAGUCACACCCACGUGGAAGUAACUGGGGCAGACGAGAGAACCCAAAUGGACAUUGCAAGGUUCCUGAAGGCAGCCAGUCUGCAGGGCCUGGUGCAGGAGGAGAGCACGGCGGCCUCUCUGUGCAAGGCCAUCUCUGAGGAGGCCCGCAGGGACCUGCUGAUCGACUGCUCCCGGCCGCAGCCCACCUUCAGCCACGCAGCUACGAACCGGUUCUGUGAGGACUGGAUCCCAGCGUUCCGGAACGCAGCGGAGCGAGGCAAUCCCUUCCUGCUCAGGCAGAUCCUGGAAAACUUCAAACUCAAGGCCAUACAGGACAUGAACCACCUGAAGAGGCUGAUCCAGCAGGCGGAGGCCAGCCACUACGCGCUGUUCCGGUGCUGCGUCUUCCUGCGCAGCUGCGGCAACGGCGACGUGCUGCUGCAGAACGCGCGGGCGGAGCACAGCGAGAUGCCCGAGGCCGGCGGCGUUGUCCGCGCGCUGGAGGAGUUCCUGCACGAGCAGGGCCUGGCCGGCCCGCAGUGAGAGGGGGCAGGCACGCGCCCCACGCGUUCCUCGAGCCCCAAGCGCAUCCUCCUCCGGCUCCCCAAAACUCUCCUCUCACAGAAACACAAGCGUUUAAACGGCUCUGUCCCUCACCUGCAGUAUGCUACUUUUGCUUGGGUUUUGAGCCUUUCACAUUCCCGAAACGGGAGACGAGGUUCUCUGGAGCAGGAAGCCCUGCCGGUGGGCUCGGAGCGACGCUGCGGUGCAGUUGUCUCAGGAGGGCUCUCCAGCCGGGCGGCACUGCUGCAGACGCGGCCUGGGCUCGGGCUUGUCCCCAACACGGCAGUCAGAAAGUAUCUAGUCUCCCUGGCACAGAGACAGUAGCUACAAUUCUUGUUAUCCAAAGCUGUUGUUAUUCAAUAGCAAAGUUAAACAUCCCAUUUCCCUCUAGUUUAAAUAAUCUUGCUUAAUAAAAAGACCCAAGCAUGAGCCACAGACCUGAUGUGAUUCCACACUAACAAUCCUAGACGAAGCUGCUAGAAUUCAUCUUGCUGAUUCGGCACUUCCCCGUUUUCCCUUGACCUAGAGUUCAUGUAUGAGGGAAUGAUUUUUUAAACAGAGCCGAGCUUCUUGUUUUUCUUAUUUUUUACAGCCGCUGUAGUCAUUUGCUUGUUUCAGUGCCACUGGCCCCAAGAGCAGGGUCAUGUAUCGAAAUACGGGCUCGGCGCUGUGCUCGCAGUGACUACUGAUGAAGGAAAUUUUGUGUCUUGUAGCACACCGCUGGCAGUGCCCCCCCGUCAUUAGACUGCGCUCUGUGUGCUUGGCAUCUGUAUACAAAUGGCCAAGUCUGCGUGUCUUGUGACUUGCCGUAGGUGUUUUUGUGAGACAUGGAAGGGUACAUAAGGGUUUAAAAAUGAAAUGAAAACCCACAGCUGAAGUUGGUGUUCCUGAUUGUUCUGUACUGUAUAUAUGUUUAAAUUGUGAUUUAAUGUUGAUUUGUUGCGUAUUUUGCAAGGUUAUAUACAUAUACACAAGGUUGAUUUCAAGCUGCUUUACAUGCACUACGUUUUAAAUGUCUUGUAUAACUGUGAUCGCCAGUCAGUGUACAGUAAGGGGAUGUGAUGAGAGGUGCACCAGCAGUCUAAGGAUGCAUUUUGUAGUGAAAUCUCUCAUUCUUGAAACUGACAGAGUUGCCAUUGACACAGAGGCCCUCUUCUGCACAUUGGAAUCAUUUCAUUGUCACAUGCGGUCUAACUCGUACCCCAACCUCAGAUUAUGUUGAGUGAAUUUGAGUAACAUUUUGUUUGUGGAAGCUAAAAACUCUCUGUUCUAGAUCUGAGAAGUAGGUGUUUUUCUAACGUUGCGAUCAAUGUUUCAAAACAGUCUGUCCUGGUAAGGUGUAUAAAACAGUUAUACGAGAUGGAAACCCCUUUUCCCAUUGCUGCACUGCUGACGUCAUCCCGCUGAGCUGGGGCGUUCACGUCAUGUAGUACCAGCGUGAGAUGCACUACGCCUUUUGCUUGUGAGAAAAAGUGGUGUCUUAGAAAACAAAAAAUAAAAAAAUAAACAGAUCCCAACUGA